UCCUAAUCCACCCUCCUUCCCGCUGGCCUGUCGACACUAGGUUCUCGCUGAACCGAGUGCCCUCCCGCCGUCAAGCUGGCCCAACAAGUCCACCUCUGUCCCUGCGACGGCUUCGACGAGCAGAGCAGGAACAACGCCCGCCGUGUCUACAAGCAAUUCUGGAAGAGCGUCAUGGUCACCCGGAAGCCCGCCGCACACGCCCUCUCCAUAAAGACGUCGUCGACCGCCUCGAGCUCCCCCGCCCGCUCCCCCGUCGACUUGGACGGCCACCACUCCAACAUGGCCAUGGCCGACUACCACCAUGCGCAGCCCGCGCCCUUGACCGUCUCCAUUCCAAAGAACAUUCCCAGCCCACAAUGCCGCAAACCAAACCUCGCAGAGAUACUCAACAACACCGCCCCUCCACCCUACACCCUCACUUCCUUCAUGGCCUUUCUCUCCCAAAACCACUGCCUCGAGAACCUCGAAUUCACAAUGGACGCCUCCCGCUAUCGCAAGCACUACUCCAAGAUGGUCAGCCGCCAUCCUGGCAGCCCAAUCUCACCUCUGUCCGACGAGUGCGCCUACGUCCUCAUGCUCUGGCGUCGCUUGAUCGAUGCCUACAUUCGCGAGUCAGGCCCGCGCGAAGUCAACCUUCCAGCCGAGGUCCGCGACAACCUGCUCAGCCUCUCCGACUCCUACGUCCCUCCCCACCCAUCGUCAUUGGACAGUGCCGUGGCCAAGAUCAACGAACUCAUGGAAGAGAGUGUAUUGGUCUCAUUCCUCAACUCGGUCAGCCCACAGAGCGCACAUCCCACCAUCGGCCACGACAGCUAUGCCGGAAGUAACAUUUCGCGCUCCUCGACCCGUAGCUACGAGGAGCGAAGCAUGCUCUCUCGUGCUUCACACCCGCCAGUCGCCGCCCACCAGCGCGCAUCUGCGCCGUCUUCGCUCACUUCUGGCUUCAUGCAAUCCCGCCCCUUCUCUCAUGCCCGCUUCCACUCUCAGCCGACGUCGUCCGGCCCGCCACCGGCAACCCGCAUCACCUCGGGCUACACAAGCGGCAGCGAUGCAUUGACCGACGACUCGGGCAGUGCAAGCAGCCCUUCUGGCAUGAGCGAUCCCCUCACCCCACCCGGUACUCCGCCUGUGAGCGAAUACCCCAUGACUGACUUCCACCAUGCCUACUAUGACAAUGCUCCGAGCAGCGGCACCCCCAGCCCCCGCAACAGCCGCGGAGAGCACAAUGGUCUCGCUAGCGCUACUAGAGAUAGUUGGAAGCGAGUCAGUAGCAAGCUAUGGCCCCGCAAAAAGAGUGGUAGCCAGCUCCGUGACGACGAGCCUGGCGUCAUUGAGGGAGGCCUCUUCUGAGCCUUGCCCAAUGCACCCUCACCCUCACCACCACCACCACACCCUCACCCUCAUUUCCAUGUUCAAAAGCACACGAUUACGACGAUGCAAUCAGAGCGACUUGCAUCAUUUGAAUUAUGCAUACUGGGCUGCAUGUCCACCGGCGUCACUACUUUUUUUUCUCCCUAUCUGCAGUCCUCGGCAUGCAACGGCGCAACUGGCUCACGACCCGGCGAGGUUGUUUUGUUUUCGGCGUUCCCCAUUUUCCAACGACUAGACAUUCACACGGGCGUUGCAAAACUCGUCCUCAUGCUUAUGCACCACUGUGGCUUGGUGCUGAGCAAUUUGGCGGCCUUUUCAGUUUGACAUUGAUCAAGAGUGUAUCACGACCGAAACCCGGCAGGGGUAUGAUUUUGAUACUGGCUUAUUUCAUAUUGACGUGUAUCAUUACGGCUUCUCUUUUCUUGCUGCUUUUCCCAAACACGCUCCUGAGGAGUCAUUUACAGUUGGGAAGCAGAGGCGUUUCUUUCUUGUUCAUAAGGUUUUGACGACGGUUGAAGCAAAGUCGGAUUCAAUUUAGAUACCAAAGGCGCAAGAGAAGCGCUAGAGGAUCAUGACUACAUUUCGGUUGGUUUCCAACCUAACAAAACACUUGUUCUUGCAU